GGAUUCAUUCGACUUGUCAAAUGUUUUUUUUUUAUCACAUAGACACAAAGAUUCAAGUGUAUUAGAUUCACAGUGACACAGAAAGAAUACGUUGUAUAGCACAAUAAAAAGAGUAAUCAAAAAAACAGCAUAAGCUUUUGUUGUGUGUGCAGUAGUAAGAACGAACGAACGAACGGUCCAACGAUUUAUAAACUAUUCGCAGAAGGAAAUCUCAUAACAAAAGAAAACAAUAAAAAAAAAUUCGUCAAUACACUACACUGUCUUUCUCGUGCUGCAUAAAAAUCGAGAGCGAUUCUCAUUGUUACAUUAGCGAAACAACAUUGCGAAAGAAAAUUUUCUAUAAUAAAACUGAUUGAAAGUCAAAUUUUCUUUUAUUAGUUAGACGGGAUAUUUCGAAGUUUAGUACAAAAAAAAAGAGAUUCGUUUUUUUCUUGUGUGUGAAAAAAAAUGUCUGAAAAUCAGGAAACACAAGAGACGCAAGAGGAAAUUUUGGCCAAUUUUCAGAGUAUCACUGGUAUAGACGAUGUAGCCGAAGCGAUAUUCUACUUGGAAGAAAGUAACUGGGAUUUAUUGGCGGCUGUGAGCAGAGUUCUUCCGCAAGACCACGUUGAACCAUCCACAUACAAUGCGAAUUCGAUGAAUAAUUUAAACAUUGCUGGCUUAUCAUCGAAUGAAAAUCGAAUGCCAGCAUCACCCUCAGCGCUGUUACAAAGAAACAUUUUUGGGUCCGAGCCGAUGUCAGCUACCAGUUCCAAUUCGAAUGAAUGCAAUUUACAAAAUUUGAACGAUGAAGGCAUGGAUGACGAACACAAUAACCAAACAAAUGGCGAGUGCUCGGUAGCCCAUUCUUCAGCAGCUAGUUCACCAAAGGACAUUAAAUUUAAUAUUCAUCACAAGUAUACAACACACAAUGUUGUUGUCUCCGACCGAUCAACAAUAGGUGACUUGAAAGCCAGAAUAUUUGAGGUUACUUCCAUUCCGACGUGUCGCCAAUCGUGGUGCGGCUGGGUUCAGUCAUCAGAAAAUUCGGAUGAUUCCACUGAAUUGCACACGAUGAAUUUGUCCGAUGAAAAUGAAUUGAUUGUGAACGACGUUCAAGAUCUCAUUGGCGCUGUUGACGAUACGGAUGUGGAGCGACUCACGCGAACAUUCACAUUGAACAUCAUGCUUGGUGGUACAGAUAAUACAUCGCCACUGCAAUUGAAUUUUCCCGGCACACGAAGCAUUGCCGAUGUGAAGAAGGACGUUUAUUCGGUGACAAACAUUGCGGUCCGUCACCAACAAUGGCACGGGUGGCCAUCCGGAGUGUCCGAUGAUACAACGCUAGCGUUGGCUGGCAUUCCAUACGAACACAAUUUAGUUUUAAACACAGCCGACACAACACCGACAAAUCAGAACAAACCAAACCAAACGGGUGCAAUUGCUUCAUCCAAUGCCAGAUCGAAUCACAACAACGAACUGAUCGAAGUCGAUUCGGACAGUUCAAUCGACGAAUUUGAAGAUGCUUCUGAUUUCAAUGGUGACGAUGACAUCUUCGCUGCACCUGCAGCGAAUCGACGACGCAACGACUUGAUACCCGAUGGCACUGACAACGAACGAUUGGGAUGCACUCAAUUCAUUCAAAAUUACAGAGAACGGUAUGGCGAACCAUAUCCGCAUUUCUUUGAAGGUACGCUCGAAGAGGCUCUCGGUGAAGCUUGUCAUAAACCAGCUAAAGACCGAAAACUGCUAGCAAUUUAUUUGCAUCACGACAAAAGUGUGUUGGCCAAUGUGUUUUGUGAUCGUGUCAUGAAGAACGAUACAAUUCGACAAACGAUAGAGCAUAAUUUUAUUUUAUACGGCUGGGAUCUAACCAACGAAAGCAACAAAAAUCUGUUUUUAUCAUCAUUGUCGGCGUGCGCUGGCAACAGCAGUGCAUUACUUCCACUUCGUACAAUGCAAACGAGCCGUUUGCCAGCGAUUCUGGUCAUUUGCAAAUACCGUAGUGUUUGCGAGGUUUUGUCUGUGAUAUACGGUGACGUUAGCAUAGAUGAUUUGUUGAACAAACUGAUGGACACAAUGAAACUGUAUUCGGAGCAACGUGACGUUGAGGUGCGCGAAGAGGAUGAACGGGCCGCACGUGAAUUAGUUAAAAUGGAACAAGAUGCUGCGUACCAUGAAAGUUUGGAGGCUGACCGACGAAAGGAGGAGGAAAAAAUGCAAAAAGAACGUGCAAUUGCAUCGGAACGACAACGAUUGGAAUUGGAACGACAGGAAAUUGAAAUGAUACGCGAAAUGAACCGUUUGGAGGCUGAGAAAAAUACGCCACCCGAACCAGCCGAAGAUGCUGAAGGCACCACAAAAAUUCGCAUUCGAAAACCGACCGGUGAAUUUAUGGAACGACGUUUCUUUGCUGCCGACAAAUUGGACACGCUCUUGAAGUUUGUCGCAUCAAAAGGUUUCCCCAUCGAUGAAUACAAGGUUAUCUCGAGUUGGCCACGUCGCGAUCUAACAAUGUUGGAUAAAAGCGAAACGAUGCUGCAUCACAAACUUUGUCCUCAGGAAACGGUGAUUCUCGAAGAGCGAUGAUCAUCAUUUGGUUCGGACGUGUAAACACGAAAAAAAAAAUAGAAAACCAACACAUUCACAAAUGAAAUCAAACCCUUUAAUCAUUAGUGUUUUUUUUUCCUCCUGUCAAUUCAUUUUUUUACCGUUGAACAUGCUUUCAAAGUGGAUGUAAUUUAGUUUAUAAAUCUUUAAGCGAGAAACAAAAAAAAAAACAAAAAAAAAAACAAAAAAUAUGAAAUAAUGAUAGUAACAGUAAAAUGAAAAUGACAUUUGUAUUCGGAAAAACUCUAAAA